UGUAAGAGCGCGUGUGUGCGCGCGAGGGGAGGAAAACUGGCCGGUGGAUGAGAGAGGAGCCAGGCAGCGGAGAAAAGUGGAUAAACCUACUGGCGGCGGCUACUGCAUAUUUGCUUCCGCCGAAUAUAUCAUUAUCGGUCUUUUCGGCACCAGUUUAAACCAGAAAACAAGAAGCACCUUUUCGACGGAAUACCGUAUUAUACUUAAAGCAAAUUCCCAGAUGGAUGGUCCCCAUGAAAGAUGACUUGACAGUUAAAACUAGCUCUACCUCUUCGGAUGAGAAACUGUAGCAAUGUUUAAACCUCUGUGGGCAUAGCUCCCCCAUUUCCUUUGCCACCGUGGACUUAUCAAUUUGUGUCAGGUUUGCUGUUGGAAGAGCAUUUUCUGAGCCGAGAUGACGGAAAUCAGCGAGAAGGAGAACGAACCACAAAACCGAGACCUUCACCGAACACAUGCUACCGUGCCCAGCCAGCCUGAAUCAAAGUUGCAGCGGUUGAAACGCUCCCUGUCCUUCAAAUCUGUCAUGCGCAGCAAGAGUGUAGACAACUUUUUCCAGCGUAGUAAUGGCGAAUCUCGCCCUACAUCCGCCCUCAUCACCACACCUCCACCCCUGCAAUCUCCUCCCCCUUUCUCUGAGUCCUCCCUGGUCUAUGAGCGCUCUCCCUCCCAUUCUCCGUCUAUCAGUCCCAACCCCUCACUGUCAUCACGCUCACCUUCGGUCAGUCCUUCGCUCUCCGUGGCCUCCAAAAACCAGCUAAAGUCUCAGGCCCAGCCGGUCAAGACUCACUGUUUCCAGGAGCACGUCUUCCGUAGGCCUACCAGCUGCCAGCGAUGCAAACACAUGAUCCAAGGGAACUCCAAGCAGGGGCUGCGUUGUAAAGCCUGUAAGCUGGCAGCCCACCUCUGGUGCUCAUCGGAGCUCUCCCAGCAGCCCUGCAAUGGCAAGACAGGAGCUUUCAAGAGAAACUUCAGCUCUCCUCUGCUAAGCACUGAUGCGCUGGGUGUGGUCAGAGAGGCUCCUGCUGCCCAGGAGGCGGAUAAUGGCAUUGUUGACCCUGUGUAUGAGGCAUUGCGCUAUGGGACAUCACUGGCUCAGAUGAGCCGCUCCAGCUUCAGCAGUAUCUCAGAGUCACCAUGUCAUGAGGCAGAAGAACUUCAAGACAAGCUAGAAAACCAGCCAAUAGCUGAAGAGGAACACAUCCCAGGAAUGCUCACCCCUCCUGAAAGCGAGAAGGCUGAUUCAGAAGACAGGGUCAGCCUCAAGACUCCAAAGAGAGUAGAGGUUCACUCCAUCCACACCUAUGUGGCUCUCUACAAGUUUCUCCCUCAAGAGAAGAAUGAUUUGGAACUACAGCCUGGUGAUAGAGUUCAAGUCACAGAUGACUCCAACGAGGACUGGUGGAAGGGGAAAAGCAGAGACAAGGUGGGAUUAUUUCCGGCCAACUUUGUGCAGCGGGUCCGUCCUGGCGAGCGGGUGUGGAAGGUCACAGAUGGUUUCCAAGGCAACCGAGACAAAGGCCAGAUGACCGUGAAAGAGGCCCAGAUCUGCGUGGGGAAGAACGAGGAGAUUGACGGUUUCCUCCGGCUGAGCAGCGGGAAGAAGAGAGGCUUGGUCCCUGUGAAGUAUCUGCUAGAAAUAUGAUGGCAGCGCACUUCUCCUUGACCCUCAGUUUGAUAAAGAAGUUCACUAUGACGGAGGAAUACUCAGGAGUGUUUGCCCAACACCUCACUGACCGCCAACCAACCACCUCCAUCCCCUCCGAAAAGUGGCAGCGAAUUAGCAGCUUGAGUGGACGUCGACCCACAACUUUGCUUUUUACUGCAGAUUUUGACUUUAAGGAGAGGAUGGGGGGCGGGGCUUCUUCAGAGUUAUUUAGAGCUACUUUUCUUGUAGCACAACAUUUACUUUGUGAAGUGUUAUACACACUCACAACAGAAAUGUAGCAUCAUUUUGAAGAGGAUAGUGUGCAGGAAGUCUGGCUACCUCACUAGCCAUUGCCAUUGGCCACCUGUCUGCAAAAAUGGGAGAGGACUACCUUACUAUGAUGUCAAGGCCUGCGAAGUGUGAGCGACUUUGUGUGCAAAUUGUCUUCAUUUCACUGUUUGUGUAGAGAAAACAAGACAUAAAAGACUGUGAAAGAGUAUAGCUGUUUAUUGUAGUGGCUUGUGCAAACAUUUUUUGGUUAGUUAUUUCAAACCCUUAAACAGAUCUGGUUUAGUAUAUUCAACUAAGGGUAUAAACCAUGACGAUCCAGUUACAUGUGUGCAGACUGCUGCUCACUAUGCGCACAUGUCUGCUGUUGCAAUAUGGAUUCACAAUGUGCAUAUGUGUCACUCCUGUUCCGAUUAGAAAAUGAUUCAGGUAUUACAUUACGUGUAUGUAAAAAUUAAAAACAGUCUUCUCUGCUACAUUUUGGUCAAAUGAAAGUCCACACACACACACACACACACACACACACACACACACACACACACACACACACACACACACACACACACAGGGGUUUCUGUAUUUCAUACUGCUCUCCAGUGAUUAGAUUACGGUACAUUUGUGCUCUUCACAGCUCUGAUGUGACAAAUGCUUUCCGUGCACCUCUGGGAGCUUCUUUCUCAGUAUGCCCUUCAAUCACAUUCUCUUUACACACACUAACGCACAUAGAUUUUAUAGUUCACUCUGUUCCAUGUAACUCUAAAAUCCACCACUAGAAUCCGCUUCCUGUCAUUAUAUUCUCUGCAUUGUUUAUCUGUAUGAAAUGUCCGUAUAAUCUUCGCUGUCAUAUCUGGUUGAGUACCACAACAAUGAGGAUGGUGUGCUGUCUUGACUUUUCUGAUCUACUUGCUUUUGGCGUGGAGAAGCAAAGGAAAGAAAUACUGUAAUUCAGGAUGAUGAUUAAAAAAAACCAAACUC